CAAGAACACAAGCCUGGCACCAGGAACAAUGAGGCGCCCAAUGUUUUUCGCUGCAAUAUUGAUGCUGUCACUGCUCUGUGUACAAGCACAAGAGAAAAACACCACUCCACCUGAAGGAGUUACAACCACACCGGAAGUCUCAACCUUAUCUUCAUCACUGUCUCCAAGCAGCGGUUCCACCGGUUCUACUUCACCAACCACCGGGCCAUCCUCAGCUUCAUCUCCAAGCAGCGGCUCAACGUCCGCUUCAUCACCGGGUCCAAACAGCGGUACAACAGAUUCUACUUCACUAAGUACAGGUACAACAGGUUCUACUUCACCAAGUACAGGCUUAUCUUCAGCUUCUUCACCACCUCCAAGCAGCGAUACAACAGGCUCUACCUCCCCUAGCACAGGUACAACAGGUUCUACUUCACCAAGUACAGGUACAACAGGUUCCACGUUACCAAGUACAGGUACAACAGGUUCUACGUCACCAAGUACAGGUACAACAGGAUCUACUUCACCAACAACAGGUACAACAGGAUCUACUUCACCAAGUACAGGUCAGUCUUUCUCUUAUUCUUUCUUCUUUGCAACCAAGUACAACAGGUUCCACGUCACCAAGUACAGGUACAACAGGUUCUACGUCACCAAGUACAGGUACAACAGGAUCUACUUCACCAAGAACAGGUACAACAGGACCGACUUCUCCAAGGACAGGUACAACAGGCUCUACAUCACCAGGGACAGGUACAACAGGUGCUACUUCACCAAGCACAGGUACAACAGGCUCUACGUCACCAGGGACAGGCACAACAGGAUCUACUUCCCCAAGUACAGGUACAACAGGCUCUACUUCACCAAGGACAGGUACAACAGGAUCUACUUCACCAACAACGGGUACAACAGGCUCAACGUCACCAGGGACAGGAACAACAGGCUCUACGUCACCAGGGACAGGUACAACAGGAUCUACUUCACCAAGCACAGGUACAACAGGCUCUACGUCACCAGGGACAGGUACAACAGGCUCUACGUCACCAGGGACAGGUACAACAGGCUCUACGUCACCAGGGACAGGAACAACAGGCGCUACUUCACCAAGCACAGGUACAACAGGCUCUUCGUCACCAGGGACAGGUACAACAGGAUCUACUUCACCAAGCACAGGUACAACAGGCUCUACGUCACCAGGGACAGGUACAACAGGCUCUACGUCACCAGGGACAGGUACAACAGGCUCUACGUCACCAGGGACAGGAACAACAGGCUCUACGUCACCAGGGACAGGUACAACAGGCUCUUCGUCACCAGGGACAGGUACAACAGGAUCUACUUCACCAAGCACAGGUACAACAGGCUCUACGUCACCAAGCACAGGUACAACAGGCUCUACGUCACCAGGGACAGGUACAACAGGCUCUACGUCACCAGGGACAGGUACAACAGGCUCUACGUCACCAGGGACAGGAACAACAGGCUCUACGUCACCAAGCACAGGUACAACAGGCUCUACGUCACCAGGGACAGGUACAACAGGCUCUACGUCACCAGGGACAGGUACAACAGGCUCUACGUCACCAGGGACAGGAACAACAGGCUCUACGUCACCAAGCACAGGUACAACAGGCUCUACGUCACCAGGGACAGGUACAACAGGCUCUACGUCACCAGGGACAGGUACAACAGGCUCUACGUCACCAGGGACAGGAACAACAGGCUCUACGUCACCAAGCACAGGUACAACAGGCUCUACGUCACCAGGGACAGGUACAACAGGCUCUACGUCACCAGGGACAGGUACAACAGGCUCUACGUCACCAGGGACAGGUACAACAGGAUCUACUUCACCAAGCACAGGCACAACAGGAUCUACUUCCCCAAGUACAGGUACAACAGGCUCUACUUCACCAAGGACAGAUACUGUUGUAAGAAUUUUGUUGCUCAAGACAAGACCUUAACCAGCAUGAAGUUUAUUCUUCUUAUCUUAAGUGAAGUAAAAGAAGAUGAGCAGAAAAUCCCAAUUUGA